AUGACCGCCAACGGGACUUCAGCACCAGAACCGGGGCCGAUGCUCGCACCUAUCGUCCAGGAGCUGCAGCUCAUGAUAGAAAACAACGAUGAGCUGAUGAAACUAUUCGAGAAGGCCUUUCAAGAAAUACCAGAGAACUUCCAAGAAGCCCCGGAUGCCUUUGGAUUCCCGAGAAUCCGCGACCAUCGCGGCUUCAUCCAGGCCAUCGAUCGCGGCCUCAAGAGCGUGCCGCCGUGGACGUCGACGUCGCGCUCCGACUGCGUCAUCGGCUGUCCCAUCAACGAAGCCUUGAUCUGGUUCAUGAAUACGAGAACGGGAGCGGAGAUCCUCGGCCGCCCGGACGUCAACACCCUGCUCGGCGAGGUCCUCAAGCAGUGGGCCGUCUUCCUGUCCAGCGGCGACUCUCUGUCCACCCUGACCGAGGACGAGGGCAACUGGCUGUCCGUCGCCGCGAUAGAAGAACUCCUGCACUCCGUCAACACCGCGCACAACGCGCCCUUUGCCGUGCCCUCCCUCGAGCAGGCCUUCAUCUGCGACCCUUCACUCCCCGCCUACGGGUUCCCCUCCUGGGACGCCUUCUUCACGCGCCUCUUCGCGCCCGGCCUGCGCCCCGUCGCCUCCGCCUCCGACGUCUCCGUCAUCGUCAACCCCUGCGAGUCGCACCCCUUCGCCCUCGCCACCGCCGUCCCCGCCGAGCAGCCCUUCAGCCUCAAAGGCACCACCUACCCCUUCCGCGCCAUGCUCGGUGGCCACGACGAUGACGCCGUCGCCGCGCGCUUCCACCGCGGCACCGUCCUCCAGGGCUGGCUCUCGCUGCUCAACUACCACCGGUGGCACGCGCCCGUCGCCGGCACCGUCGUCAAGGUCGCCCACGUCGACGGCACCUACUUCGUCGCCGACCCGGCCCACGGCUUCGAGCACCGCGACGAGGCCACGGGCGACCCGAGUCCCGACCGGCAAGCGCCGGACGCGUCGCAGCGGCUGAUCAGCUCCAUCGCCACGCGCGAGGUCGUGGUCAUCGAGGCGGACGACGCGCGCAUCGGGUGCGUCGGGUUCGUCGCGAUCGGCAUGGCGGACGUGUCCGGCUGCGUGGCGAGCGUGCGCGAGGGGGAGCGCGUCGAGAAGGGCCAGGAGAUUGGGUGCUUCCACUACGGCGGCAGCUCGUACUGCCUGCUCUUCGAGGAGAAGGCGCCCAUACGCUUCUCGCCCCUGGUGUACGCGGCGCUGGAAGGGCAGGCUGAGAUUACGGAGAGGUGCAUCGCGGUGAAUAGCGAAAUCGCCAGAGUGCUGUAG